AUGUCUAGCGCUGAAUUACUUCAAGAAAUUGAGAGACUUACCAAGCGUGUUGAGGAACUGGAGAAGACAGAAAACGAUGCGACGCCAUCGUCGAGUUUAAACCUGCCCGUGGUUCAAGUAAAUAAUCAGAAAGCAAAGCCAGAUAACUACUCGGACGGCCCGUGGAACGAGUGGAUUAGUCACUUCAAGCUGUGUGCUCAGAUAAACAACUGGGACGACACACAGUGUUGCCAACAGCUAGCUGUUUCUCUUCGCGGUAGAGCUCAGCGAAUCUACUUGACGCCUCAAGAUAACGAGAAGACGUGUUUUGACGACCUAGUGAACGCACUACAGUCUAGAAUUCAGCCAGACCAACAAAGGAAAAUCCACAAGCUGACCUUCAAUGCGAGGAAACGAAAACACGGGGAGAACAUUGUAGAUUUAGCAACUGAUCUGCGACAACUCGCUGCACUGGCGUACCAAAACAAGGAUAAGUCGCUUGUCGAAGAGGAACUCGUUGAACAAUUUAUCCGUGCCCUCGACAGUAAGGAACUACGUAUCGGAGUGAGUCAAAGUGACCCAAAAUCUCUCGAUGAAGCUGUAAAACUAGCAUUACGUCUGGAAAGUAUUCAUUUGGCUGAAAUGAAAAACAACAACACCGCGAAAAUCAACAUGGCGGGAGACGAGCAAGAUACCGCUGGCUUCGACAUGGCGGGCGCGAGAGAUAAACGAAACGCUGCAGGCCUCAACAUGGCGGGCGCGAAAGAGGAAGAUCAAUCAACACCACGAUGGGCGAAAACGUACUUUGAUCAACAAGCGGAACUGAUGGAUAAAAUGAGUAAAUUUCUUGUGAAAAAACCAAAUACGGCCUCAUACCCAAGACGUCAAAGGGGAAAUAGCCAGUGCUACCAUUGUGGAAAAUAUGGUCACUUCGCACGAGAAUGUCAAUUGCAGAAUCAGGGAAACGCCUACAGGGCGGGUGCUUUAUAG